AUGUGCGGUGGUGAUAUUAGAGCCUCUGUCCUGCACGGCGCAAAAGAUCUGCGCGUGGAAUCGCGAGAACUCACCGCACCAGAAGCCGCCGAGGUUCAAGUCGAAGUCAAGGCCACUGGUCUUUGCGGCUCUGAUUUGCACUACUUCAACCACUACCGAAAUGGCGAUAUCAUUGUAAAAGAACCCAUGGCCCUGGGCCACGAGUCCGCCGGUGUUGUCACGGCAGUUGGCUCGGAAGUGAGCACACUCAAGGUCGGCGACCGCGUAGCUCUCGAGGUUGGCCUGCCAUGCGAGCAGUGCGACCUGUGUAAAGAGGGCAGAUAUAACAUCUGCAAGGGAAUGCGCUUCCGCAGCUCAGCAAAGGCAUUCCCGCAUUUCCAGGGCACGCUACAAGACCGAAUCAACCACCCCGCAAAGUGGGUGCACAAGCUACCCGAGACCGUCUCCCUCGAAUAUGGCGCGCUCGUCGAGCCGCUGUCUGUCGCCUUCCACGCCCGAGACCGAGCGAACCUGAAACCUGGCUCGACUGUGCUUAUCCUCGGUGCCGGCGCUGUAGGUCUGCUGUGCGCGGCUGCUGCCAAGGUCUCUGGAGCAAAGACAGUCCUAAUUGCCGACAUUCAAGAGGAUCGCAUAAACUUUGCCGUGCAAAAUGGCUUCGCAGACGCAUCAAUUGCGGUCCCACUAGGCAGACCGCAGACGAUUGAAGAGAAGCUGGCGUAUGCAAAAGACUUGGCAGAAAAGAUUACAUCAACUCAGGUCAAGGGCGAGGCCGUUGGUGAAGUCACCGUAACAUUUGAGUGCACUGGUGUUGAGUCGUGUAUGCAGACUGCCAUAUACUCCACACAAGCUGGUGGAAAAGUCAUGAUCAUCGGCAUGGGUAACCCCAUCCAAACCCUGCCGCUUUCGGCCGCAGCACUGCGAGAAGUCGAUCUCGUCGGCGUCUUUAGAUAUGCCAACAACUAUCCCGAUGUCAUCAACAUGCUGGCAAGUAAAAAUGCGGCGCUGCCUGACGUGGGCAAGCUCAUUACGCAACGCUACAGCGGCUUUGACGAAAUCCCCGAAGCUUUCAAGAUGGCUGGCCAAGUAAAGGACGAAAAGGGCAACCUGGUAUUGAAAGUCAUGGUUGGUAUGUAA